AUGGUGCCCUGGGAGCCCUCCCCGCCCCGGCAGUGCGGCGGCGGCGGCUGGACGCUCUGCGACUGCUGCUGCUGGCUGCUGCUGCCCGCCGUGCUGCUCGUCCUCGCCCGCCCCGACAAGCUGGCGGCCUUCCCUACCUCCUUAAGCGACUGCCAGACGCCCACCGGCUGGAACUGCUCCGGUUACGAUGACAGAGAAAAUGAUCUCUUUCUCUGCGACACCAAUACCUGUAAAUUUGAUGGGGAGUGUUUAAGGAUUGGAGACAGUGUGACUUGUGUCUGUCAGUUCAAGUGUAACAAUGACUACGUGCCCGUGUGUGGCUCCAAUGGUGACACCUACCAGAACGAGUGCUACUUGAAGCAGGCUGCCUGCAAGCAGCAGAGUGAGAUCCUGCUGGUGUCCGAGGGAUCGUGUGCCACUGAUGCUGGCUCAGGAUCUGGGGAUGGAGUCAAUGAAGGCUCAGGUGAAACCAAUCAAAAAGAGACAUCGACCUGUGACAUUUGCCAGUUUGGGGCAGAGUGCGACGAAGAUGCAGAGGAUGUUUGGUGUGUGUGCAACAUUGACUGUUCUCAAACCAACUUCAAUCCUCUUUGUGCUUCCGAUGGGAAAUCUUAUGAUAAUGCAUGUCAAAUCAAAGAGGCAUCAUGCCAGAAACAGGAGAAAAUUGAAGUCAUGUCUUUGGGUCGAUGUCAAGACAAUACUACAACAACUACAAAGUCAGAAGAUGGGCAUUAUGCAAGGACAGAUUAUGCAGAGAAUGCAAAUAAACUGGAAGAAAGUGCAAGAGGGAUCUACAUCCCUUGUCCAGAGCAUUACAACGGCUUCUGCAUGCAUGGCAAGUGUGAGCACUCCACAAACAUGCUGGAACCGUCUUGCAGAUGCGAUGCCGGCUAUACUGGACAACACUGUGAAAAAAAGGACUACAGCGUUUUAUAUGUGGUUCCAGGUCCAGUACGAUUUCAGUAUGUCUUAAUAGCAGCUGUGAUUGGAACCAUCCAGAUUGCUAUCAUCUGUGUUGUAGUCCUUUGUAUUACAAGGAAAUGUCCCAGGAGCAACAGAAUCCACAGACAGAAGCAAAACACAGGGCACUACAGUUCAGACAACACAACAAGAGCAUCGACAAGUUCUAGUGGCAAUUUUGAGUCUACUGAACUCAGUAGUAGGGUUUUGAGUUGGUCCAAGAUCAGCGACAAUUAUGGAUGUGGGAAAGGUGAAGAAUAAUUUAACCUACAUUGAGGAGGGAUAAAAUAUUUCAGAUCCGGAGUCAACUACAUUUCAUCAGCCUUCUUCUCCCAUGCCAUCUAUCUUUACUCUCCCAUAGCUUAGGAAGUCUUUGCCUUCUAAAUUAAAUCCUAACCGAAGGGGAAAUGGAAAUUCUCGGUAACCGCAGUGAGAGCGUUGGGGGUAAUGUUUCCAUUUGGGAUGGAAUUAGGUGUCUGUCAAGGUGAACCCUACGAGAACACUUUGCAGAAUCUCCAACUCUGGUCACUGGAGUGAGUGAAAAUUGCUUCUCACUCUUGAUUGAAAAUUAUUAGGUUAAAAAAGUUAAUAACAUAAUAACAGCUGAAAUGCCAGUCCCAUUUGCACCUCGUGAACAUGCUGAUAUAAUUUAUUUUUUCAAAGAGAAGGUGAAAAACACUCAGAAAAUACCUUAUGAAUAACUUCAUGGGUGACCCUACUCCAUUAAAUGUAAUGAACCCAAAUGCUGGCUAUACCUCAGGAAAAUAAGGGCAUGUGUUUUGUCACAUCCACUUGAUGGACAAGAUGCAAAGUCAUUUCUGUGAUAGCUGGAACUCUCCAAAACACAUCCUUUCGAGAAGGUAAUUCCACUCUAGUUUGUGCUGUGAAUUUUGAAGACUGCAGAGUGAGACUGAAGGGCAGAGUGGGGUAACAUCACUGCUGCUGCAUAACAUCCACUCCACUAAUGGAGUGCCCGAGCUCUAGUCCCACUGAGCAGCAGAGCUGAACUAAAGAGCCCUUGUGCCAGCAGUCACUGUGCUGCUGCUCUCCACAGAGACUCUGCCAGGCACAACGUGCCCAAGACAAGAGUUAGGAGUAUUCCCCACCGUCAUCACCAUGUCAGAGUCAGACCUGGGCUUACCUGGGAUGAUGUCUCAUGAGUGUGUUU